ACAUGGGCCCGCCUGCCUAAGGCAUAAAUGUUUCCUGCAACAAGCUCCUGAGUCCUGUGUACUUGUAUUGUACAGCCUCGAUUUCCAUGCGCACGUGAUACCCUCUUCGAUCAACAAACUAAUCUCUCCGAUUUUGGUCGUAUUUUGCAGGUGAAGAAGAACGUCGUUUCUCGCAGGUAUUUUUGACACGACAAGGAAUCAUGGGUCUGGUGCAGUACGACAGCGACGACGAGGAUGAGGAGGUUCAAGCUCCAUCUGCAGCAACUCCGGCAAGUGAACGUUUUGCCACUCAUUGGAGAGCAUGUAAUAACAUGUGGUCGCAGGUCAUAGAAACUACAAUCCAACCUUCUGAAUCCCAAAUUCAGAAUUCGGACGAACCAGCACUCAGCUCAGCCCCCGCAGGAGAACACCCGGCACAAGCCACAUCUACAGGACCAAAUCAGUCCGGAUCUUCAACAGUCAUCGACCCGCGGCCCAUCCUCGGCCCAGCCCUAGGCCCCUCCCGACCAUCAGAGGCAGAGGCACAAGUUGAAGUCGACCUCGCCUUCCUCUCGGAGGACGCCACCUUAUCCCAGCCCCUGAACAACCCUUCUUCCUCCUCCUCCUCCGCACCAGAACCACCACGAUCCCCGUACACCGCAACCCGCACCCUCCUGCGGGACCUCACCCUCCCCUCGGUUCCGAACAUGGACAUCCCCCCUUCGCCACCCGGCACGCCGCCGCCGGCGCUGGAGGCCCUCACGGCCAAGUUCGACACCUUCCUCCGGCUGAAGCGCACCAAGGGGGUGCAUUUCAACGAAAGGCUUGCCGCGUCGGCGGGGAUGCGGAAUCCGGCGCUGAUGGAUAAGCUUUUGGGGUUUGUCGGGAUUGGGACUGAGUUUGAAGAAGCUGAUGGUUCGGUUGAUGGUAGUAGUGGUGGUGAUGCUGAGGGAGCUGAUGACGCAACGCGGGGAGGGAGGAAAAGAGCGUUGGAGCAAUAUGCCACGGUGCUGAGCGCCGAGGUGUGGGAUCCGAUGGGCUUUCCUGCGUGGGCGUACAAGGGCCCGCUUAGGAAGGCGCAGGAGAGAGGGGCGAGGGAGAGGGAGAGAGGGAAGGGAGAGCCGGUUGAGUUUGUCUCUGCGGGCGGUGUAGCGGGGGGGACUGGGUCGGCGGCUAGGAGUAGACCCGGAACGCCUGGUGUGGCGGGUGGGAAAAGGAAGGGGAGGUUCGAUACGUGAGAGGAUGUUGUUUACCUGGUGAGGCAUGGAGAGAAUGCCGUGGCGUGUUGUAAAAAAUAUAGCUGAUAGCAAAAAAGGAGCAGAGUUUGUGAUACCCAAACUUGAAGCCUGAAAUGAUAAUGACGUACACAUUACGCUCCAAGAGAGCCCAGC